ACGUGGGACGAGACCCUGUCUAAAUCAGCUGAGGACUGGGCCCACGCGUGUCUGUGACACGGACCUCGACACCUCCUCAGGUUCCUGGGCCAGAACCUCUCUGUCAGGGACCGGACGGUGGACUACCGCUCUAUUCUCCAGUUAGUGAAGCCCUGGCAUGAUGAAGUGAAGGACUAUGUGUUCCCUUAUCCCCGGGACUGCAACCCCAGAUGCCCCCUGAAAUGCUACGGACCCAUGUGUACACAUUAUACACAGAUGGUUUGGGCCACAACAAACAAAGUCGGCUGUGCUAUACACACCUGUCACAAUAUGAACGUGUGGGGGAACGUGUGGAAACGGACAACAUUCUUAGUGUGUAACUAUUCAUCUAAAGGGAACUGGAUCGGAGAGGCACCCUACAAAGUAGGCGUCCCGUGCUCCGCCUGUCCCCCGAGCUACGGAGGCUCCUGUUCCAACAACAUGUGCUUCCCAGCCCUCAACACAAACUAUCUGCAGUGGUUCAAAUAGAGCCCGGAGUCCCUGUCCAGACUAAGUCUGCGUCCCAAAUCACACCCUAUUCCCUAUUGCCAUUUGGUGCUAACACGCUGACCCCCGACCCCAACACAGAGACUUUCCCCCUUGAAGGAUUUGCACAACAUUUGUGGAAAACACACUUAUUUAAGAUUAAAGCAUACAUUUAUAAUAAUGUGUACAUAGAAUUCAUGUUUUUUUAUUUUACAUAUUUUUUUUAUUUUUUAAAUGAUUAUCAUAUGAUGAAUUAGAUUGAUUGAUUGAUAGUCGGAUGAUAAUCUCUGAAGUAUGUUUCCUGCCAGUGUUCCAGUAUACUGGGUUUACCGUUGGUCAUGUACCCAUAGAAUGUGGACACGCAUGGAGGUGCCUCACGGUGGGCCAAAUGGAUACAAGUUAUUGACAUUUCAACACUACAGUAGCAAAAGCAGAACUAGUUUUUAAAAGUGAUUGUUAACUAACUUUCACAUAUUUUUUAUUGGGGGGGGCUUUCUUAGCUAAUCAUCAUAACUGUGGAGAGAAAUACAUUAAUUUAUGUAUUGUUAAUUAGGGCUCGAUUCAAUCUGUACCAAUUCUAUGGCGUAAUAGACAUUUAAAGGCAAUGUGAGCAGAGUUUAUUUUUUUAAACCAGGCAAGUCAGUUAAGAACAAAUUCUUAUUUUCAAUGACUGCCUAGGAACAGUGGGUUAAGUUCCUGUUCAGGGGCAGAAUGAUAGAUUUGUACCUUGUCAGCUCGGGGAUUUGAACUGGCAACCUUCUGGUUACUAGUCCAACACUCUAACCACUAGGCUACCCUGCCGGCCUGGAGUGAGCAGAGACCGCGUUCACGGUAAACACUGCAUAUGUCGGCUCAAUCAGAAAUUAUCUUUAAAUUUCAAUUGCCAAGUAACUCUGAACUUUGGUGAUUCAGAUUGAAUCGACCCCUUAGCCACCGCAAAUCUCUCUUAGCUAGCAAACGCAACGCUGUGUCCUAAACUGCACUGUGUCUCCAGCGAUGCUUCGUUUUUUUGUCUGUUAUAAUGUGCUGCGUUAUAACACACCUUGCAAUGAAUCCCAGCAUGUGUCAAUGGUGCUGAAGGCAUUGCACACAAUGUGUAGCUUAUGCCUUGUCAUGGUCAAAAGAACAUGGACUCAGGUCUCAGACCUCAACAAACAUGAAGCACUCAACCACUAGGCUACCAAGCCACAUAGCAACUGAAGCUUACCCAACAGCCUGCCAAGCCACAUAGCAACUGAAGCUUACCCAACAGCCUGCCAAGCCACAUAGCAACUGAAGCUAACCCAACAGCCUACCAAGCCACAUAGCAACUGAAGCUAACCCAACAGCCUACAGAGCCACAUAGCAACUGAAGCUAACCCAACAGCCUACAGAGCCACAUAGCAACUGAAGCUAACCCAACAGCCUACAGAGCCACAUAGCAACUGAAGCUAACCCAACAGCCUACAGAGCCACAUAGCAACUGAAGCUAACCCAACAGCCUACCAAGCCACAUAGCAACUGAAGCUAACCCAACCAGUAGGUUACCAAGCCACAUAGCAACUACAGCUAACCCAACAGACUACCAAGCCACAUAGCAACUACAGCUAACCCAACAGACUACCAAGCCACAUAGCAACAACAGCUAACCCAACCAGUAGGUUACCAAGCCACAUAGCAACUACAGCUAACCCAACAGACUACCAAGCCACAUAGCAACUACAGCUAAUCCAACAGACUACCAAGCCACAUAGCAACUACAGCUAACCCAACAGACUACCAAGCCACAUAGCAACAACAGCUAACCCAACCAGUAGGUUACCAAGCCACAUAGCAACUACAGCUAACCCAACAGACUACCAAACAACAUAGCAACUACAGCUAACCCAACAGACUACCAAACCACAUAGCAACUACAGCUAACCCAACAGACUACCAAACCACAUAGCAACUACAGCUAACCCAACAGACUACCAAGCCACAUAGCAACUACAGCUAACCCAACAGACUACCAAACCACAUAGCAACUACAGCUAACCCAACCAGUAGGUUUCCAAACAACAUAGCAACUACAGCUAACCCAACAGACUACCAAACCACAUAGCAACUACAGCUAACCCAACAGACUACCAAACCACAUAGCAACUACAGCUAACCCAACAGACUACCAAACCACAUAGCAACUACAGCUAACCCAACAGACUACCAAACCACAUAGCAACUACAGCUAACCCAACAGACUCUGAGCAUACAGAAGGCUCAGUGGAAAGUGUAUACCAUGGGACAGAUGGACAGUAUUGCAUUGAAAGGAUCCAGGUAUGUCCUUAUAGCAUGGGUUUUGGUCGAUGGCUUUGAUUCUGUUGUUGUGUCAUGUUGUAUAAUGUUCACUGAACUGUUUUCGGUUCUUAGAUGGAAAACCACUCCAUAGAACCUCAUACCCAAAACAUCAAUAUCCUCACACUACAUUCAUACUGUUGCUAAGUUAUAUUCCAGAAAUAUUUAAUUAAAGGAUGUUUUUUUUUUAAUUGUUUUGUAAAAUAAACUUUAUAUAAAUGUGGAAUUAUU